AUGUCCGACUUCAAAGCGGCCCUUCAUUCCAAAAGGUGGGUUGGGUUUGACCUAGACGACACGCUUCAUGAAUUCCGCAGAGCCUCCUCUCAAGCUUCAGAACAUGUAUUUCAACUCAUAGGUAGCGCCGAGGAAAUUGAUCCCGCCGCCUUAAGAACGACAUAUCAACAUAUUCUAAGUACGACCACUGCCAACGCAUUUACUGAUGGCAGAAGCUCAACAGAAUACCGCCGAGAACGAUUUAGCCAGCUCCUACAGGCGCAUGGAGUAGCUGAUGCCGAUGAUAAUAUCAUGCUAGAUACGACCCCAGAUCCUGAUGACUUUCUCAGCAAGACUACUGUAUUACUAGGCGCCUACAAUUCUUCACUGGAAUCAAAUUUGUCAUUGAAACCGGGGGUCGUGAAGUUAUUCCAUACUCUACGGGGUCUUGGAAAGAAGAUUGUUGUUAUUACCGAGGGUCCUGCCGACGCGCAGGAAUGGACGGUUCAGAAAUUGGGUUUAAACUCCUAUAUUGAUGUUCUGAUUACCACAAAUGAGGUUGGCAAGUCCAAGGUUGAUGGGUUAUUUGAUGUCGUUUUGGAGAAGUAUGGGAUUGGCAAUGAGAAUAUUGUUUACUUUGGGGACAACGAGGUACGAGACGUUAAGGCCGCAUCAAAGAGUGGGAUUUUAGCGGUUCUCUAUGAUGAGAAGAGAAAUUCGGAAUUGUAUGAUUUGAAAAAUCUGAGAAUAAGCUCAUGGGAAAAUUUACAAAAGAUUAUACUGGAGGAUGAUGGAAAGUCAGACUGA